UGGAUUUUUUCAACAAAAAAUUCCCCCGAAAUCAAAAUUUUUUCCCAUUUUCCCCUCAAUAUUAGUACUGUUGUAUAAAUAAACUUGCUCUCUCUCUCUCUCUCGAAAUCUCCUACUAUUAUUUUUUUAAAAGAUUUUUCCAACAAAAAUUCAAAAAACCACACAAACGACCUCUCUGCACGCGGUAAUCCUCUCUCUUUUUGUCCCCCAUUUUCUCUGUUUCUCUUUUUUUCUAUCCCCUAUACCUGUGAUUGGAAUAUCCCAUUUUUCCAGCAACAAACCAGCAAAAACAAAAAAAAAAAACUUGAAGAAUUUCAAAAAAAAAAUGACAAAAAAAUCAUAAAAAUCAAAAGAACCUACAUUUUUGUUGCAUUUUAUAGACACACACACGCACACACACAAGCAAACAGACAUAAAAAUUCAAAUUUUUCGAAAAAUUAAAAAAAAAAAAAAAUUUCCCUCCCAAGGCCACCUGGGCGCCAAAAAGAUAGUGGGUGGCCAUGAAAAGUGCAAUACUUUUUUGAAAUAAAAAAUAGUGUGAAUAUCGGAGAGACGCAGAGAAGAAAGGUCGAAAAAGUGAAAAAAGAAGAAUUCUUUGUUCCCUUUCGUUUUUCCAAUCCAAUUGAAUAGGACUUUGAGAUUACUGUAGUCCAAAACUAAGGUCCCCGGGGGUCUCGACACGAAAAUUGUUUUUGUUAAAUGCGGAAAAAGGUAUGCGCCUUUAAGGAGUACUGUAGUUUCAAAAAAUUUGGUUUUUUCUCCAAAAACAGUUUUAAAAAAAUCGAAUUUUUUUCUUUCUCCAGUCUAAAAAUGUGUUUUUAAAGGUGCACAAUAUUUUUCAGAUGGGUAUCGGCGCGCAAAAAAAGUUAAUGGUAAUAGUUUCUUCAAAAUUAUAUGCGGUUUUCAGAGAAAUUUUGAGUUUUUCUUUUAAUUAUAUCAAAUAUUUGGACGAAAAUUUAAAGGAUUAAUGCACAGAUCCAUUUUUUCUUCCUUUUUUUACUAGAAAAACUAUGUAAAAUUUUUUUUUUAAAUCGCAAUUUUCUCCAGGUAUACGGUAAGCAAGUCCGCAAACACCGAAGCAUUGCUGCACGCGUCGCACGACCGCGACGCGUCUCCCCCCUCUUUCGUCACGCGCUCAUCGAUUUUCGAAGUGAACACACAACCAGUUUCGUCAAUUUUCUGCGCUAUUUCUUCAUUUUUAAUGGAGAUUUACGAUUAUCCAAUGUCGUACGCUGAUUUAACUCCUGUGACAAGCUGCUCAUCAUCGUCAAAUUCUGAAGCGGACGCUAACAACUUUUCAACGGUUAUCCUUUAUUAAAAAAUGUCAAAUUUCUUUAAAAAUGGCUUUUUUUUCGAUCAAAUCUUGUGUUUUUUCGGCAAACACUAUUCGAAGCCAUUGGGUGUGUCAGUGACAAUGUUUAUCCUCGAACAAAAAUGUAAUUAAACCAAUUAAACCAACCAAAAAAACUAAACUCAAACUUGGGAAAAUUAAACCUACUCAGAUGCUUUAUGCUGAGGUCUUCUCACUACCGCCGACCAAUUUUACUUAUUUUUUUAUUUUCAGAAGAACAAAAAUGUCAAUGAAUUCCAAAAACUCAUUGAAGAAUUGGAAUUUGAGCCGGAAGACCGAAGAGUUCCCGAGGUAGCUGAAGAAGUUGAAUCCGAAGACGAGGAAGAGGAAGAUGUCCAAAUCAAGUAUCCUUACGAACGGAAAGACGCUUAUCAAGACCUCCAAGAAAGGAUCGAGCGCAGGCUAAACGAUUCUGGAGAUGAGAAGCUUGAGCAGAAGGCGAAGGAACUUCAAUCGCUUAUCCGAAUGAGCCAAUCACAAUGGAAAGUCGAGCAAAAGCAACAGCUGGAAGAUUCUCUGUUGAAGCCACACACUGCUGGAUCGAUUUUCACUUGCGUUAUGUGCUCGAAAGCAUUCCCGAACGCUGAAGCUCUCCAGAUUCACACUGAUCAAGUGCAUGAUUUGUCUAGAUUAAAGCAUCGUUGUAAGCUGUGCGGAAAAGCUUAUAAGCGCAAGAAGAACCUUGAUGCUCAUAUGGCCCUCCAUCUCAAGGAAAUCCAAUGCGACAACUGCUCACUGGUCUUUCAAUCUGAAAAAUCGUUGCAAAGUCACAUAAUCCGGCAUCAUCAAGAGGAUGCGGAUGAACUUGAAGUAUGGAAGGCGCCGUGCUCGAUUUGCAAGGAGCUAUUCCCAUCAACAUCUGUCAAAACUCACGAAUGGUACUGCAAGAAUAGGGAGAAAAUUAUUGAAAAACAGCGAGUAUCGAAGAUUCUGAAAGUACAAAGUUUGCCGUCAAGCCCAGCUCUUUCCACCGUCAGUUAUGCAUCAUUCUCAAGCUGUCAGCCUGGGCCAAUCACAAGCCCAGUCUCCUAUAGGGAUAAAUCGUGUCAAGUGUGUGGAGAGAGCUUCGCGAGCCGACAAUCAAUGCUCCGGCAUGUUGGUAGAAAACAUCCAGAUGCCAAGAACGAUCCAAAUGUCACGGCUGUGAGAUACAUUAGCGCUGAAUCGCCCAAGCAUCCAUAUGCUUGCAUUGAAUGCGGAAAACGAUUCACAACGGUCACCGCUUUGUCAACACACAAGGCUCGUGUUCAUUCACAAUCCAAUCGCUUUGAAUGCACAAUUUGCCACAAAUCCUAUCCGGUUCCAUCAGAAUUGAGGAAGCACAUCAAAAGAGUUCAUGAGAAGGAUGCGCCCAAAUCUCGAUCAGCAUUGGAAGAAUUACCGGAAAUGGACGAUAUUUUCUAAAUUUCUCUAGAUUCAAAUGUUCAAGAUUUUGCUGUAAUUUUCCCACCUCCCCCCCCCCCUUUAUUUUCAAAAUACCGGUCCGAACGGGUUCCAACCGAGUUUACUAGAUAUUCAUGUAGAGAUUUCAACACAAUAAAUGAAUUAAAAUGCG